AUGUGUGUGGGCUUCUGCAGUGCAUUUGUGUUAGAGUGUAGCUUCUCAUCCGUCUCUUUUAAAACUACAAUAAUGAAUUCGUCUGAUGAGGAUACUGUUAAACUACGUCGUACCAAGGCAAUGUUACAAAGUUCUCCAACCGUCCGUCUUCAGACAUUUCGCCCUCGUGAGAGUAGUAGUGAGAGCAGCACCGAGUCAUUACAUAGUAAACCUAAGACUACAAAACCAAAUACAACUAAUUUAAAACAGAUAAAGACUGUUCUUGAUUCUCUUUCUUUUGGCAAAAACAAGACUGUAGAUCGUUCAACAAAAUCUACACGAACAUCUGAGCACUCAGAGAGCAGCAUCAAAUUUGAAGUAGAUCAAACGAGUAACAGUGAUAUUUCAUUAGAUAUUAACGAUACACACGAUAGAAAGAAUGAUCCCUUACCAUCUGCGCAGGUUGUGGUACCCCAACGUACCUCUGCUAUCUCCAAUGGUAACAAAACCUCUGUCGCCCCUGUGGCCUUAACUUCGACGGAGGAAAUAGCGCCUGUAGUUAACAUUCCUCCUUCCACACAGAAGGACGUUACUCCGUCCUCUGCAAAUACUGCAGCAUCGCAAGUUAACUCUCAACGAAAUACAAUAAAGAAAGAUGUAUCAAGAUCCAUAACAACCUCCAAGAAGGAUCGUAACAUCUCAAAAACACCGGUACGUACUCACAUACAGCGAAAUGAUGAUCAUUCUUCUUCACCACAAAUUAAGAGUGCGGUCCACGAAGAAGUAAAACCACAAAAUACAGUAAAGGAGGUGGAAGUAGGAAGCGAUAUGCGAAGUGAUUCCGAGAUAGAUGAAAUCCUUCCCAGGUCUUCAGGUAUCUCGAGAAGCAACACGAAUAAAAAUAAUAUUAUUGCUGACACUGGACAUGCGGAAAGUUCUACUUUGGCCUCCGUUGAAGCUCGAACAAUACCCACUCCACUCCACCGAGAGGCUGCGCAGAGUGAUCCUGUAGAGCGUAUGCUUCUUCGUGCUCGGCAACGAUUACAAGAGCAAACGGCUGUGGAAGCGUCUGCACCAAAAGCCUUUGUGAGAACUCCAAUAGAUUCUCCACGUUCUUUUUCGAGAUUUAUCACACCAGAUCGAAAAGGAUCAUACUCUGAGAAGCCAUCAACGUCGCAUCUUGCUUUACCGAAUAAUAUAUCCGGUUUACUAGAUGACAAGUCUCGUCGUCUACAGCAGGAGGUUCAACGUCUACAAGAAGAAGUUCUUUUUUUAUCAAAAGAGAAUCAAAAACUAAAAAGUGCGAAUAGACAACAGGAUGCUGCACAGUAUACACAAUUGCAGAUGACAGUAGAUGUAUUACGCUCUCAAUUACAUGAUGAAGAAAUGCAGAAGCGUGCUGCUGAAGAGAGUGCUCUCAGUGUGCAAGCUGAAAUGGAUCGAAUGCUUGGAGAAGUAAAUGAUCAGCUUCAAUCCUACAUGUCCACUGCGUCACAGUAUGAAAAACUCUAUACUGAAAAGAUGCUAGAAAUAGAGGAUCUUAAGACGAAUUCACAAGUAUUACGAAAUCGAAUAAAAGAGACGGAAGAAAAGGAGAAGCAGCAGCGGUUACUUUUUGAACAACAACGAUCACAUGAUCUGGAGAACAUGGAACGCAUCAAGGCUCUCUUAGAGGAAUCCAAGAGACAACGAUCCCAAUUACUUGAACUCAACGAAAAGAUACACAAAGAAAAGGAAGCUGCCAUAAUGGAUCGUCGUCAAAUGAAGGAUGAGCUACACAAAUGUGAAGAGGAUCUUCGUAGAAAAGAGGAGAAACACAUCAAAGAAUGCAACACUUUAGAAGAAGAUUGUAAUCGGUUAAAGAUUAGUUUGGCUGAAAAGGAUCGUCUGCUCUCUGCGCAGCUUAGAAGUGCUCAACAGGCAAAUGAUAUGCUUCAACAACGUCUCACUGAUGUAUCGGAACAAAUGAAGGAGGAUGCGGAGCGACAGCGACGUUCAUAUGAGAUUUCGAGGGAAGAGGCUCGGCAAACCAUAGCCACUGAGAGAGAGAAGAGACUAGAAUUGGAAAAGCAAGUAAAGUCUUUAGAGGAUGAAUUAAGGCAUGCUAAGCGAUCUGUUACAGAGCGUGCGAACCAUGAUUUAAAUGAGUUGGUUGUUUCUUUAAAAAAUGAUCUUUCACGUGUUUGUAAAGAAAGGGAUGACCUUCAUGGACAACUGAGGGAUGCGAAAGAUGCACUGAAAAAACUCCAGGAAACCUGCAAUCGUUAUGAGGUUGAGUUGGACUCUCUAACCGAAAAGCGCAGAGUUUCUGAGGAAUUCAUGCAUCAAAUAGAUACUCAACGAGGCAAGCUUGCAGAGACUCUUGAACAUAUGUUGAUGCAGAACGAUCAGCUUCGUGAGGAAAAUGCGGUUCUCCGUGCCGACGUGGAUGACCGUGAAGCCGCACUGCGCGAUGCUCAACUGCAGAUGGGAUCUUUGGUUUCUCUGCAGGAUGAGGUGCACUGCCUCACUCAAGAAAAUGAGCGGCUCUCGGAGGAGUGCGACCGCCUUUCAGGCGAACGUGCUGCCUUGAUAGAGGAAAACGGUAAAAUAGCAGAAGAAGUACUCAAGUGGCGAAAUGAGUUGCGUCGCCAAAUCACACUGCCGCGAGUAUAUACACCGCAACGUGCUGGAACACAACUAUCGUCCCCUCGCGUCUAA